GGUAAACAUGGUAGAUAUACUUUAACCUCUCAGUGUAACCUCACGUGAUAUGCAUAUAGCUAGCCUGAUUAUCAGUUGUCCUUCAUCACUGGGGAUACAGCUACAGACUGACUCGUCUCAUCGCACGAGAUCGCGUCGACCCCAGGUGUCGUGUCUGCCUUUACCGGCCCAUGUCGUUUGGCGUUGAGGUAAAAAUAGAAACAUCAGCGAACAGCUAUGGCGUUUUUCUAACCUCUGGGAAGGAUUUACAUUGAGACGCAUAUCAUAUAAUCACAAUGGGUGGGUGUGCAUCUAAAAACAAACAGCCAAAGGAAGAGGCCUACAAGCCGGCUAAUGCGCCGUCCAGUCAGCCGGACUUUGAGGAGAUCGUGCCAGAAAUUAAGGCAGAUGUUGCGGCAAGCAAACCCUUGCUGCGGGCUAACGGAUCGGCUGCCGCAGCCGACGGGGGCGACAAACGAGAGUACCGGAACUCAGUUGGCCCGGGUGGAGUGAUUCUACCCAAUCAGCCGCCAGUGAAAGAUGAGGCCGAUCCUUCCAUCCCUUUCAUUGACGCCUCGGAGGAUGAGUUGGACGACCAUUCUACCCCUGCACGGUCACUCCUGUCUGGGAAACUCUCCAAAGCUGGGGAGGUAGCAUCUGGAGUCAAGGCAUCUGUAGAAGCAGCAGCAGCAGCUGGAGUUCAGGAAGUCUCAGACAAAGCAGCUUCAGGGGCAGAAUCCGUGCAGGUAGCUGUUGAAUCUGGCAAAGAAGAAGUGAAGGAGAAGUUGACGGAGGUGAAGACCAAGCUAGAGGAAAUCAGCCCCGUGACGGUGGCUCAGGUCCAGGCGGUGUUACCUGGCAACGACUCCGCUACCGGUGGCGGACUCCUAGAUCAAGUCAUGGCGGAAGUCGCGCCUGAAGAGUCCGCGACCAAAGCAGGAUUGGCAGUGGUGGAGCAAGUUACGGUUGAGGAGAAUAGUUCCAACGGAGGUCUUGUGGACGAGGUGAUGAAGAGUGUUGAAGACAAAACAGCUAAUGAGAGCCUUGUGGACGAUGUCUUAAAAGAUGCCAUGCCUGAGAUGGUCACCAAUGAUGACGACUCUGGUCCACCUUCAACCAUUGAUGCCGUGAAACAGAAAGCAAGCGAAACACUUGGCUCAGCCGUAACCUUCGGCAAGGAAGCACUUCCGUCAACUAAUGCCAUCCAGGAAACUGUACAGAACGGAGUGUCCUCGUUCGAGUCAUUUGUAGAAGAGGCUAAGGGGGAGUUCACAGGCUUCCGGUCGUCCUUGAUUGGCAAUACAGAAGACGCACCUAGCCAGGAGCAGAUAGCACAGACCAGCGAAUCUGUUGGGUACAUAUACUCCCCACAUGUCACAGGCGUUGGCUUCAGGGUCGGAGACAAGUACAUCAUGACAGCGUACAACCUCAUCAGAGACAUCAUUGCUAACAUGGCGACUUCAGAGCAGCAGAUGUUCAACAACAAGGAAAUCUGGAUUCAGUUUGAAUACAUCCAAAUGGGGGAAUAUGAAUUUGACAAUCUGACCCGAUUCAAGUUUGUCAGUAUGCCCUACACAAACCCAGACCUGGACGUAGCCAUUCUGGAACUGGAAGCUCACGACAUGAAGACCCUGCCGCCACCUCUAGCCAGCUUCACCGACGUCAGCCAACAUGGGAGGGUGGAGUUUGCCGGCCACGAUGAUAAUGCAAGCAAGAGAAGAGACCCAUCCUGUCUCUCAUCUCCGCCAACAGACACCGAGGUCGAGGCCGUCAGAGAAUGGGCCCGCAGUAAGCGUUACCCAGCCACAGGCUUCCAAGGCCUGACUGACCCCAACAAGCUCCGGUUCCAGGGCCCUCUUCAUCAGUCUACAUCCGGGUCCCCCGGUGUAGUUGUUGUUGGUAAAGAGCUUUACGUUGUCGCUGUCCUGACAAAGUACUUCCCGAAUUUCUACUGGAACUUGGAGCAUGAGGAACGGGAGAGCAUCCCUGCCGGGUACCUCUUGGAUGAAGCGGUGAGCACCACGGCUGUGUAUCUAAACAUGAAGGAACAGGAGCAUCUGUCAGAACUAUGUAACAACAUCUUUGGUCACUCAGUUGAAAAGCAGUCGUGAAGAUAAGUCGGAUCAUACGAGGUGAAUCAUAUACCCUGUAUCGUUCGAGGACAUUAACACAAUGAGUUCUAUCACAAAGAACUCAGAAACCAGUGACUAGGCAAAUAUUUUUACAUGGUAUAUUUUUCUGCUGAAACCUUCUAAAUUCUAAGAUAAAAUAUAUUUUGCACAUUUAAAGUAAUAUAAUAGAUGCACGCCGUAAACUCGGUAUAGUUUUCGGUUCUAGAAUAUUCGUGCAUGCUCAAAUCAAGUAAUAAAGCUACACUUUGUAUAUAGAGAAUGUCCACAUAUUGGAAUUGUAUUCAAUUUCAGGUAAAUAAGUUGAUCAAUAAUGCAAUCACGAACUAUGAUAUACUUUACCUUUUUGAGGGGCUCAGUGCUAAAUGCUAAAAAAACAAGUAUACAGGUUAACACUUUCGACACUAAAAUACUGAUUUGCAUGUAAUUGUAUUAUUUUUCAAAUAAUAUUGCAAUCGUUUAUUCAAUGGCUAGAUGAUGAGGAAUAUAAAAACAUUUGUUUUUAACUCUAACUCGCCUGUAGGGCUUGUGCCUAUAUUUGAUCAGUGUUUCCAUUGGCAAGAAUUGCAAAGGGUCUUUAUUGGCAAGAAUUGCUAAGGGUCUUUAUGUACUAAACGCCCGCUUUAUCGAAUUUGUAAAGCACCAAUAACCAAUAUCGACUAAGAUCAAAGUAUUGGUGUUUACAUAUGUACUGGAAUCUUCAGUUUUAGAAUAUACAUGUCAUUAUUUUAUUUUCAGAUUUAAUUUAGCGUUUAUUUUCCGUUUUAGGGACUAUUUGUACUGUGAACGUUUUUAGUGCUUCGUCUUUGGUUCGGUUACAAAUAUAUAUCCAAUCUUCGUGCAAUAACUGGUGAUUCUUUGUUAAUUUGACGAACCUUGGUCAACGUGUAUAUUUGGUAUAUGUGCCAAUAUCCUGAUGUUUUGUCAGUGUAUUGUCCAUAUCUGAAAUAGUUUUACGGUUGUGGCUGCAUAUUUCGUGUCAUGUUUCACAUAGCCAUACCACUUGCCAAACACAGAAGGUUAUUGAUGGACUAUUUUUUAUGAUAAAUCGUAUCUAAUUACCGUUAUUGACAUAACCAACGUCAUGUUGUUCAUGUGUAUAGCAACGAAGUCGUACGUUUGCGGUACUUGUACAAUUUUGUAAGUGGAAUUAUCAUAGUAACCUGCCGUUAUGUCAUUAAUGGUUUAUUACUAGCAAGUUUACCUCAUCAACGUAAAGAGAUAUAUCAAUGUUUUUUUAAAGUUCGGAAUAAGUUAUUCCUAUAUAUUUUAAUAUAAUCGCUGUACAUAUUCGUAAAGCUUCGAUCAACCAGUUUAUUAUAUCACAUUUAUGUUAUGAUAAAUACUUCGGAUCUAUUCACCAGCUGAACUUUGAACUCGAUUCGUAACACGACGCUAAUAAUAGCCGUCCAAUGAAAUUCUCUCAUGAGCGAGAUGAAGAUGUGACGUCACUUCCAAUUUGAAGAUACAGUUGUGAAAGGUCCACGAUAAUUAUCUAAUUUGAAUGGAGAUAUGAUUCACGGGAUAUCGAGGAUGAUAUUGGUAGAAAUAGAAGAUUAGAACUCGAAUGUGUAUUGCACCUGAAACCACGUUAACCCGAACUCUUCUACGAUGAAACACAAUCCUGGUAGAAUCCUGCACAUCGGCACCCUGCUUGUCUUGAAGUUCAGAUAAGUCGAUAAAUUUCGAGGACGUCGAAGAAUUCGAGUUAACGAGUUUUCAUUGUUGUAACAAAAAGGUAGACUAGUUGUCUUUUUAAAGAAUUAAUGUUGAUUCUAUUUCAGAUUACGAUUUGGCUUUAUCAAGUGUAAACGAUUUCGUUUUUAAGCAAAAACACCAUUUUCCGUUUCAUGUUUCUUUUCAUUGUCAUGGCACAAAUCUGCAUUUUCUACAUAUUCAUCAUUUUACAGUCCUGGGUCAUGUUGGCGUCGACUAAAUUAUCCACUGAAAACAAUCAUACAAUAGUGUUUCCAUAAUUGUAAUACAUGCAUAAUUAAGUACAAUGCCAUCGAAACAAUUUAAGGAUUCAUUUGCAAUACAACUGCACCUUGUCUGAACCUCACAACAACGGACACUCUUAUUCCGGAUCAGUAAAGUUGGGAACAAUUUUAACUUUUAGUAUUCACACAAAUCAUCUGCGCCUGUGAGCAUGUAGGCAAGAUUUUUAUGGUUCACAAGCCAUGGAUGUUGCAAGGGAAUCGCAGUUCUGUUUUCCAUAUUCUUUUCAGUUGUUAGUAUUGAUAUAUGGCAGCAAUCGUUGGUGUGACAAGUUUGUAUGUACCUUUUAAUACUCUUCUGCUUUUAUCUUGGUAAUGGACUAGCAGUGAUUUUGUUUUAUUUUUCCUAGAUUGUUGUGUAAAUAAUUGACCAUAUGUUAAAUUUGUUGCAUCUACAUGAUUUUGAUAUGCCAUAUUGCUUAUUGACUCUACACAACGUGAAUAGUGUUAUUGUGCAUUGGAGUAAGGUGGGGCCAAUUGGAUUUUGGUAACAAGUGAUGUUUUAUUGAAUUUUAUAGGGGUGGGGAUAUUGCUUAACAUGUAUAAGCAGUUUCGGGAAGUUUUAGGAUAAUAUAAAACGUCAACACCAGAGAGUAACCAGUCUCGAUUUAUGCAGAUUAACAGAUUCCUUAGGGCGUAAAAGGCAAAAUAGUGGUCAAAAUGAGUGAUGACACCAGGUGUUCGCGAAAAUGGUAGGCAUGUUCUGUCCUAUCGGUAACCCCGGGUGUUCGCGACAAGGAAAAGCAUGUCCUGCUCUACCGUUAGAACCCGCCACUCACAGGAAGAACGCAACUCCAAUACAAUCGUAUGUUGUGAUCGGACAUGGGUCCCUUAGCUGGCAAAUAUUCGGCCCGAUUUCGACCCUUGGUCUGUCGACAUGUGCAUAUCUACGACUUGUGUUUAGGAUUGAUAUGACUAAAAUACGUUGCCUGGUGAGGGUCAGCGAUGAGACUGACGUAUGUCAACGGUCGCUACGUGGAAUCAGUCCCAUUGAAUACGUUAAACCCCAACUCACUCACUCUUGAUUGAUUCUGAUCUGUCAACAUAUCCUACCUUUAAGAAAGACAGCGUCGCGUUUAGUUGCGUUUCUUUCCCCCGACAGUAUAUGUGACCAAGCCAGGAGUGCAUUCAUAACGUACGUCAAACACCCGUAUGCAUUAUCCAUGCGCACGUAGACGAUAUUUUCUGAAAAUUAUGUUUUAUAAUACAUGAUAUUACUGAUGAAAAAUCCGGGUCGGCUUGGAAGUGCGCAUACCCGCUUAUUACAUACCAGGCAACAAUUGCUGUAUUUAAUGCCAGGAUCCUGUACGUUAACUUGUUGAUGGGUAUCCUACUUCAAUUGCGUAACGUAAAUUCAAUAUUGGAUUGUGUUUAUAAUUAUCCAAAGAAAUACUUACUUUUAAAGUUUGUUUGAAAGGAAGAAGCGUGGCGUCGAACUUUUUUUAAACAUUCUGCUUUAGGUUUUAGACACGCAAUGUUCGCACCUCCCCCCCCCCCCCCCGUCGCAGAUCUCUGGUCUGUUCCUACUGUUCUAUCUCUUGUUAACGGGAACCACCAUUGGUUCAGGUUGUUGGUUUUAUUCAAGUGUCAUGGAACUUGGAGAAUUGUUGUGUUUGCUUUGUAAUCUUUUUGCGUCUUUUGGAGUUUCGAUAUACGAAAACUAGACAGUUUUCCACGCGAAGUUUGGGAUACAUUUUAAUAAACCUUCUCUCUGUGUCUAUGUAUAUAUGGCAUAGCUGAACAUCCCCGUUCGCUGUGGUGGGAGGAGAAAAUUAACCGAAUUUAUCAUUUCAAUUACUUUUGUAAAGGGAACAACGUCUUUCAUAGUACUGGUGUGUAAUGACAUUUUCUUCAAAAUUAUAUCAUUUUGGCAUAUUCAUAUUAUUAAUAUUUUUGUCUCCAUAUGGGGUAAUAAUAUGGGGAAAUUCAAUAAGGGAGAUUUUUUUCUAAAUCGUAUAAUAUCUAAUUAUGUUAAAAGACACACCUUUUGAUUUAUGUUAAUAUAUUGAAUAAAGUGAUGGGUUACAUUUUAUGUUCAAUUAUAUAUUAAUUGAAAUCCAGUAUAUGUAAAUAAAAAUGUAAUUACGCAAUCUGUUGUCUGGCCUACAUUAGGACUCAUUUGAAUUAAUGUUUUAAAACCAAAAGUUAUUUUUUGACCGUGAAGGGUUUUCAUUUACAUACACUUUAUGUGAUUCCCAUUUGAUAUGAAAAGACUGAUUGCAUAUUCGCAUUUUUAUAUCAUUGCUGCUCGAUUGCAGUUUCUUUGUAACAUGAAACAUAGAUGAAUAAAGUUUUAAAGCUA